AUGGACUGGGAGAAGGGAAGGAUUGGGUCUCAGUUGCCGUGGAGCUGCGGCGGCGGGGCCCGCGGGGAGCGGUCCCGGCGCGCGCUGGCGGGCGCGGUGCGCGCGCUGGCGUGCUGUGUGUGCGCCUCCACCGCCACCACGCCGCUGUCCUGCGCGCGCUCACAUCUUUACUGCGAACCUUGCUGGGUGAGGCUGGAGCGAUGUGCGCUUUGCAGGGAAGCUCUGCCUUCCAAGAACUCUCCAUACGCAAGGAACCUAGUUGCUGAACAGGUACUCGAAGCGAUAGCUGCAGAAUACGAGUUGAAAAAUACAAAAAUAAAGCCCAGGCCCACACAAACAACUUCAGCUUACACGUCGCCAAACCGAUCCAGGAACACGUCACCCCGCAGGGGGCAAUACCAACACUCAAUGAUGAACAAAUACAAGAAAAACGUACAUUUCCCUGAAAAAUUCAGCCAAACGUACGCCUCAGAUCCUAACAUACACAGAUCCGUGAAUCGAGUUACAGUUAACAAUAUUACCAAUCCUACCAAUUCCGCUGAAGCUGGCAACUCUGGAUGCAAAUGUCAAUGUCAAAGUGACAGUUGCGUGCCGAAGAUUAAUGUUGGGAGUGCAGAGGGCGGUAAAUGCGCGGGCAGUGAUUGUUCCAGUUCAUCUCAGAGUUUAAGUAUCCCUCACAAGUUAGUUGCGAGGUUGAGGCAAGCGUGUUCCCUGGCAGACCUGAAUAAUGUUGUGGGGCAAUGUUCUAUGUCACAGUCAUUGAAUAACUUGGGCGAUAAAUGCAAAAACUGCCACCACGGGUCUCUGGAUAAUUUGAAAAAUCAUUGCAGUAAUAUUUGUGAUGCCCCAGUGCUCCUGUUACCAGCGCCACCGAUUUAUGUGUUCACGUGUGAACAUUCCAACAAGGAAUGA